AUGAAUGAGUUAUAUUCGCUGUGCGAAGAUAUAGGAGAAAAGGACAAAAUUUUAAUUUCGGAAAAAUUAAGGAGCAUCCUUGACCACUUUCAGAACAAAAAUAAAUGUUACGUUUCCGAGUUCGUCGUUCUAAGCAGAACCAGAUUUUUUAAAUCCAUUAGCAACUAUGGGGAAUUCCUUCUGCUACAGUCCUCUUCCCGGGUGAUAGGUAAUUACGAAAAUAUUUUGCGCUUGUUACAUAAAGCAAGGGUCUAUUUAGAAUUUGUCAGGUGUCUAAAAUUCAGUCAAUAUAACCCCAGUAAGAAUAAAAAGUGCGAAGAGGAUAUUUUAAAGUUCAUUAACUAUUUAGAGUCAAAGAAGAGAAAACAUUACCAUCACAUAUGCGGAACACUGAUCAAAUUUAUCAUUACAUCUCUCAAAAAAAGUGAUACUCCUGCGGAUAAUGAACCGGACAUUGUUGGCGAAGUGGAGAAGAAAGCCAAUCUGGACAAUUACGAAAAAAGCAGUAUUAAAAGUGACGGAAAGGUUCAUGAUUUGACCAUAAGUGAAACGCAGAAAUUGAAGGAUAACGCAGAUGCGUGGGACAAAAAAUGUAUUGACGAAAAAAGCGUGAUCGAGCCCUUUGACGAGUUGGAAGAAUAUGGAGAUUACCUAUACAACGUUCUGAAUCAGAUGGAUAAUACAUCGUGGAAGGAUAAAAAAUAUGAGGAGUUCCUAAAAAUGAUUAGUCUAAAUGAUGCCAUCAUAAAUGAUGAAAAUGAAAAGGCAAAAAAUUCAGAAAGUAGAAGCUUCACAAAUAUUUCAAAGGUGACAAACAACACUAUUUUGUUGCCAAAGUAUUUGGAAAAUGUAAGAAAUUCUAUAUACAACCAUCAGAAUAAGUCAAUCGCAGAGGUGAAGUCCAUGAUUGAGCAUGCCAUGAGUGAUAACAUAAAAGCUCCCUUGUUUAAAACGGGGAAAAUAAUAAGCGAAAUGCUUCCCUCUCCGGAUUAUGAAAAGUAUUGCUCUAACACAAAAUCGGAUUUUCUAAACAAACUGGAUGAUACAUCCAUAGUGCAGGACAUGGUGUUCAAAAUUUUUAACCUAAAUAAAAACCAAUCAAGUAGUAGCGCAGAAAUCCCAUCAAAUGUUUACAGCGUCAACUGUUACGACAUUUUUAAAAUUAUAUUAAAAGGGAUAAACUCUGUUAAAAAUGAAAAUGAAGAAAUAUAUCUGUUUCUUAGACAGCUGCUUAACAAAACUAAGAAGAACUACUCCCACAUGUGCAGCAAAGAAACACCAGAGACGCAUUUUAACCCAAGUGAUAAAUUUAAUUACUCUUUCCUGCCAUUGCAUUUGUACAAUAAUACUAGUGACAUCUGCAGGGAGAUAUUAAAAUAUGCCAUUUGUAAUAACGACUUGGUGUUCACACUGAAGAUAGUCGACACCUUUUUAACCAUAGCGGUGUAUGAGAACUCGCUAAAAUAUUUGGUGCAUUUUUUGAACACCCUGGCGGAGUAUAUUAUUAUCCCCUACCUGCGAUGUGAAAUAAGGUCGUGUAACAAAAAGGUUCGUGAUGAUCAAACCCUUAUCAGUGGCAACAAAUCGGAGGAAAAAAAGAAGGAUUGCACCGUAAUAGGUGUAGAAAAUAGUAACAAGGAAUUCUGCUCCAGUUACACAAACUUGAACAGGCUAAUGUGCAAAAUUCCGUUGCACGAAUACGAAUCGCUGAAGCUGUUGGAACUCUUUUCCCUGCAGUACCCUAUGUUUUUAAAAAUAAACACUAAUCCACAGAGGUGCCUGAAAGAUAUUGCCAAGCCUUGUGAGUAUUCCAGUAACGUCCUGCCCACAUACGGAUCGUACAUAUUUCAAGUGGCAGUCUCCUUCGAAAUUGACAAUUCGAUAAAGGUGUUGGAUGAACCUGGCUCAAAGUGCAAGAUAACAUUUCAGCUGGUGGAAGACGAUAAGAGUGAAGAAAAAAGCACAGAUGGCAAUUCGGAGAAAAAUAUGAGUAAACAAAAGGAGUACAACUUUUUGGAGAUUAAUUUUCAGCAAAAUCAUAUGUACACUAAAUUGAUGAAGUCAUCUGGUGCAAAAUCAUUCGCGAAGGAAAAGGAAGAAACUGAAAGGGACACUUAUGAAAAAUCAAGUAAAAUGUCAAAUGGAGGGAAUAAUGAGCAGGACGCUCACCACCAUAACAGUAUCAAUAACAGCGAAGUAACCAAUCAUGAGAGAGGCAAAAACCGAACGAAAAAUUCAAAUAAACUGAUCAAUGUGUACGACAUUACGAACAUGAACACCAUCAUAUUUGACAUUCUGAUCGAUCAAGGAUGUUACAGCAAUGAUGGGAAUACUUGCGAUUUUCAAAACGACCAUGGGAAGAUCGUGAUCUAUUCCAACGGGAGGCAUUUACUAACAACAAGUAUAAGAAAGAAGAACUCCCCUCUAGAAAACAACAUCCUAGUAAAUAAUAAUAUAAAGCUGAAGGUGUACACCUCACGCACGUGCCUCUUUGAGUUCCCAAAGGAGUGUUGCUGGUCCUCUGCAUUCGUCGAUGAAUUAGUAAAGAGAAAAUUAAUCCCAGAUAUCAAUCGAAACUUUCUCCUCAGAAACCCGCUUAACAUAGUGGAACUUUACAAUAAAGUAUCCAUUGCGCUGAAUCACUACAUGUAUCGUUUUUGCCAUUGGAAUGACGACGACUAUAGGAAGAUAAUGGAAAAAGAAACCUCAUACACAUUAUACAGCGACAUUGAUAUUUACACAUUUGAGACGCUAAUUAAGUGCACACAAAAUAACAAUAAAAUUUUGAGGAAGCUAUCCAAAUUGGCCAAGAGUUGCGCAGUUCCUGGGGGGGGAGGACUUCUCCCUGAUAAGGACCAAAACAGGAACGAUGACUACCCAAAUCGUUACGAAACCCAUUGCACGAAUGAAACCAACAACCGUGUCGGAAUAUAUAGAGAGUACCUGUACGAAUGGAACCAAACUGCCGAUUCGCAAAUCUGCGCCUUGAGCAUUUUAAAGUUAUAUUUGAAAAACAACAUGCAUGUGCAAAAUAACAGGAUAGAAAGUAACGACAACUUCUACUCACUGUCGGAAAGAUUGAUUACUUCUUUUUUGAAAACAAUUAAGCUGAAAACUCCGUUCAUAAGAAGGGACGAUAACUGCAUAAGCCAAUAUUACCAAAUGGAGGAGUUGGACCUGAAUGGGAGUUUAUGGCUACUCAGAAGAAAUGUCUUUCAGAUACUACUAGAGGCGGAUAAAAUAAUUAUAAGCAACGUUUUUAUGAGGAUUCACAUAGAGACCAUCUUAAAAUUGCUCAAGUUCUUUUCCGAUAAUGACAGCCUUGACUCGGAGAUAAUACUGAAGCUUUUGAAGUCUCUGGAACAUAAGGGCAUUUUAGAAAUAAUGAUGAAACGGAUGUUAAGUGUCCCGUAUCACAAAUGUUCAAGCGGUUCUUAUAAGAAGAUGAACGUAAGCUCAACUCAUCGUUACGUGAACUCUAAGAACAUUAACAUGAACAUUAACAUGAACACGUGUACAUUCUCCUCCUCGUCGUCUAAUUCGACUGUCUACAACGCUAGUGUGGACAACAUACAUGAUGCAAAUACAAACAUAAGUAGGGAAGAAAAACGAAAGAAGAGAAAAUACUACGAGGAAAACAAACACGAAAUUGAGAGAUACGAGAAGAGAAAAAAAAACACCAAGAGCAGGAUCAUAGACUCCACACACUUUGGAAUAUUCGUCGAAGAGCUAAUUUCACUUAUAAAUGAACAAACAAAUGAUGCAAUCAAUAUACCCGUUGUACAGUACAACGAGGAGAGCGAUUUUUUGAUGGAGAACAAAGCGUGUGACAUUAUUCACAAGUUGUGUUCUUUCUAUGAAGAUGAAUGGAGGAAUGACAGCUGUUCAAAUCAUACCUACGUUGACUUUUGUGUAAAAAUAUUGAAUCAGAUAAAGCAUAAAAACAAUCAUGUGAGCAGUGCGAGUGAAGUGGCCUCUAUUUUUUUGCGAGGUAUUGUGCUGAUGCUGACCACAUACAUAUUGACCAUAGCAACGGAAUAUGAAAGCGCGAAAACGUUUUUGUAUCAGCCCGUCAUUCCGUUCUACAAUGCGUACGAAGAAAUGGCAAGGGAGGGGGAAUCUGACGAUAGGAAGAAUGACUCCAUGAUUCAGUUAAGGAAUGCAAAAUGGGAAACAGGCGAAUUGGAACAAGUGGAAGACUUGGGGGAUACAAUCGAGGAGGAUGAAGCGGCGCGCAGGGACUUGUUGCCAAAUGGGUCCAACAUAUCGUCAAACUUGAAGAACCAUUUAUUUGAAAGGUUUAGCAAUGACAUGGAGGAUAGAAGCAGUUGUAACAGUAAGUACUCCAGUUUUUUUAGCCCGAGUUCGUCGCUAGAAACAGAAAAUAACAAUCUCUUGAUGUAUGCCAAGUGUCAUAGAAAGAAGAAGUCUUGGAUUCCCCUGGUGAGCAGCCAAAACCAGGGCCUACUAGACGAUGUCAUGUCCCAUUCGGACGAUUCAGGAUCGCAUCUAUAUAUAAACAAGAACGAAUUGUCGGACUUCAUUCCAACCAGUUUGGAGAGCAUAAAUGAUGAAAAUACGGAUGUCACGAUAAAUCAGAAGGAGUCCAUCGAAUCGCGUAAUAGCAAGAGUAGGUCCAAGCACCUCUCCGAGUAUUACUACAACUCGGACGAGUCUGAAGAGUUCUACAUUAGAAAAAAUUUGCAGGAUUAUAACGAAACGAAUAGCGACUCGAACAACUUCAAGACACAGCUGAAUGGUAUCAUGUAUAAAUUUUCCAAAAAGAAAAAGUACAUGAAGAAUGCGAAAAAGCUUAAGCACCUGAGAAAAAAGAUAAUGAAAUAUAAGAAUGACUCCAAAAAAAUGAACUUUAUAUUUUCCCUUUUGGAGGAAAUAUUAAAAAUAAUGCUGGGUGUGGGGAUGCGCGUCCUUUCGAGCAUUUCGUAUCACUACCUGUACGAGAAGAACGGGAUGCACAAAUUUAUAUACAUAUUUGGGUCUAAGGUGAUCCGAAAUGACUUGAAUGAGAAAACGUCAUUUUUAGAGUUGUGUCAAAAUAUGGUUAAGCCGAAGAGUCUGACCCUUUUACAAGCGUGCAAUUUUAUCAUAAGCGGAAUAAUACCCUGCUUGGGAUACGUUACCAACCUUUUUGUGGAUAAGAAAAGCAAAAGAUAUUCCUACAUCAAGGAAUUGAAGAAUUAUCUGUCGUUAAAAAUGGCCCUGAACAUAUGGCCCAUGUUUUUAAAGAUAACCUUGCAGGGCCUGUUGACCUCUAGACACCUCUCGUUCGAAAUGUCGGUGCAUAAGGACAGUUUGCACCCCAUUGCCGAAUGCUGUAUAAGCAUUACAAGUUUGGCCACUCACUUCUUAACCUUCUUUACUGUUAUGUCAGACAAUGUCAGCAAAUAUGAAAUAUACGGGAAUAUGCGAAAAAACCUGAUGAGCGCGAACCCGUACCCCAUACCGCUCAUUUUGAUCAAUGCCGCAAAAUACAUUCGUAUUUCGUCAAAAAGGAACAAGUACUACGAGUUUGAGAAGGCAAUAAGGACUAUUCUGCUUCAGCUUACAGACUGCUCCGUGUGCGACUAUGAGAACUACCUGUUCAAUCACUACAUAAUUCCGGAAAGCAUUUCUAGCUUCUUAUCGGCUACGAAAAUGACUGGCGAGGAGGAGAUGAUCAAGGAGGGGUCCCCGAACAGUAUAUUAACAAAUCGAUCCAACAAUGAAAUUGACAUAAGUGAGCUAAAGUCUGUGGCAAAGUCUUACAUGAAGACGUACAAAUCGAUGUACCCAGAAGAGGAGGUAAUCCGUCCAAACAAUUUUGACGGAGAAAACCUUGGCAGCAAAACGGAAACGGAGAAGGAACCCAGGGGAAAAGAAUCCACCAAAAGGUGCACUCAGAGAGACAUAGAAUUUUUAAAGAGACUGAUGAAUAAUGACAAGGAUGCUGUAGAGUACCUGGGCACAUUUUACAACGUGUUCCACAAAAGUUUCGAAAAAGCCCAAAUAGCCUUCGUUGCGGUCUUUUUGCAUCUCAUUGGCUAUAACCACAGCCAAGUGAGAAACAUGGAGAAUGAUGCACAAAUUGCUGUUUGGAGCAGGGAGAAAAAAGAAAGUGCCCUCAUAAGUGAAGCGCUAGAAAUGAAGAAAAUAACCAUAGCGUGCAAUUUGGCCAGGCAGGGAGUAAUUGACCUGAUAUCGAAGAGCCAAAUACAGCAUCAGAAGGGAAGCAUCGAAUGUAAGUUUUCGUCAAAGUCGAAGGAGAGCGAAGAGAAAGUGAACGAUAAAAGUAUGGAGUUCCUCGAAUUGUACAAGGUGGAAGAAAUAGAUCGAGUGGACGAAGUGGAUGGGGUGGACGAAGUCGCUGCAGUGGACGACAUCAGCCAUAGGGAGGGUGCGAUAGAUGAAAAGCAGCAGAGCAUUAACUCUACCAAUAGUGAUGAACAGAACGAAUUUCUAUUCAGAAAGGGGGUAGCCGAACAUGGGACGCAACCCGCGCCAGAUGCCGAACGGGAUGGGUACCUUUCGUGCAAUUUGAGCAAAGAAGAAUUAAUCCACCCGAACGAUGUGUUACCGAACGCCGAGAAGUGCAGCAACAAAAGUAGCCAAGUGUCAGGAGUAGAUUUAAUAAAAAGGAAGAGGGAGAAACAAAUCGAUAAGAUAUUAAAAAAAUGUGAAUGGAUUAUUAAUAACUACCCACAUGGCUUAUGCCCGAUAGUUAUCAAGGACAAUUUUUCAUACGAAUGGGAUGAGCACUUUGUGUUUAUGCGACGAAAUUCGUAUGACAUCCCCAUUACUGCUAGGAACAUAUACUCAGAUCGUAAUGACUUCCAAUUGGUGCAGGAAGCCGCCACCAUGCCAACCUUUGCCAGUUCUUUAAAAACAAAUGUUUCCUCCCUCAGCUAUUUUGAUCAAAUCCUUAGACACCCAAACAAUAUUGAUGAAAAACUGGAGUGUAUACAAUUUAGCACGGAGAAUAUUUUCGGAAAAGGGACAACGAAAAAUUUGUGUCUUCUGAAAAGAUUGUUAAAAACGUAUAAAAGGAAUGUUAGUUUGAAGGAUUCCAAUAAUGGAGAUCCCAAAUCGGAAAAGGAGAACGGAGAGAAUGCAAAGCAGCUACCUAUUUAUGUCUGUAACAGCAAGGAGAGGAAUUUCUCCAACAGUUGCCCAAGUUGCGACAGCGCCAAUUUUUACAAUGAUGAGUCGAACUUUUAUACGAAUUACAAUUUCUGUGAAAAGAACAAUGAUAAUUCAAACAACUCUAUUAUUAUGAAAUGCUUGAAUCAUGGCAAGAAUAAUGUGAAACAUGCAGUGGGAGGCCUAUGGCAAGAUAAGCGGUUGACGAAGAAUUAUAUUUUCCGUCACGACAAUGAUGUGACUCCAGGAGAAGAGCUAAACUCAACCAUAGUAAAUUGUAAAUCUGACAUUUAUUUUUUCCCCCCCAAAUCCUUUGAUCAAAAUGACUUGAUUAGCCGAAACGGCAACAACGGUAGAAAGUGGGACUGUAGCGCUGGGUACGUCACAAAGUACACCAAUUCAAUGUUGGAUUAUGAGGAAGACUUAUCGGACCAUAACAUGUCCGAGGUACACAAUAAAUGUAAUGGUCUUUCGAAAUCGAAAAAAAUGUUCUCCAUGCAUAAGGAAGACUUUAUGCGAGCGUACCAUGACGAGAUGAAGAACAAGCAGGGGUCUGACAAAAAAAAAGGAUUCCCCUCCUUUGACUCUUUUAGAGGUAAGGUCACCCCGGUUAAUUCGAAAGACGUGGAUACAGACGUAAUCGUAAAUGUUAACAGCAUCAUGGACCAGAGCGUCGACUCCAAGGACCUGUUGCAGUUAAAAGAAAUACUAAGAUUUUUAAUUAGCGACACGGACCUUGACGCCGUUUUGAAUAUCAUCAGAAUAGAGCAGCUAACAACCCUAUGUCGUUACCUUAUCAGUAGGAGCUUAAAGUCUAUGCUGUGUGCAGGUAUUUUUGCAGGUAUUAAAAACCCCAUAGUGAUCAUGAACAGGGAUAAUAAUAAUAAUGUAUGCCCUAAUAAGCGAUCCCAAAAGGGAUAUAACUCAAAUUCGGAUGACAUUAAGAGAAAGAAGAAGACUAACUGCAAUGAGAAGAGCGUAGACAGAAGUGGCUUCUGUGCUAGGGCAAAUUAUGCCAAUGUGAAUAAUACCAACAGUGGAAGUAUGAAUCCCCCCGUGGGUAGUAGAAACCAGGAAACCAUGUCAGAUGGAAAGCGCCGCCUACUCGAGAAGGCGUACAUAUCAAGCGGAAACAAAAAGGAGAAGGGGAUCUCCUUCCACAAAAAAAACAGACGCAUCGCUCUAUGUGAUAAUGCUAAAAUUGGUAUGGUCCGAGACCAAAGGAAGUAUAAACAUUUCGAAACAAAUAAGAAGUAUAGCAAAGAUGAGAAGAGGAAAAAGGGGAUAUUUGAGCAGUGGAGGCAGAAAUCCACCAAAAGUAUGCAGUGGCCUGUUAUACUGGACUUACUCGUGCCGUCCUCCAGCAGAGGUGCAUACAACGAAGACAACAAAGUAAUUUCCAACAUCGAGCCGUCUCUCUUCUCCGUGCAAAAUUAUGGCUGGAUGCUGCUGAAGUUGUUGCACAUUAUAACGAUAAAGUUUAGGAACGUCUCUCCGUUGAAGAACGUCAUUACGCAGAUGAAUGAAGGAGGCAGAAACGGUGGCGGUAGUAGUAGCGGCUAUGGCGGCCUAAAUAUAAAGGACCAAUUUUCACACCACUACUGGUUUACGCAACCAAUGGAGCAUGCCUUGUUCUUUACCCUGACGGAUAUCACGAAGAGUACAUGUAUAUGGUACCUAAGGUACAAUCGAACAAUGCUGAUGAACUCGUCUACCUUUUCGCAAAUUAUAAAAAAUUCCAUGAACACGCUAUGGAUAGAAAGUGUGUUGCGGCUCAUAGCAUUGCAAAUAUGCUUACGAGUGAAGCCCCUGAAUGAUAGCAGAUAUGUAGUCCCGUUCUUGUACCACAUGUUGACCAUCUGCCAGCCGCUACUCAGAGAAGUACACAUAAACAGUGAGAAUUUGAAGAAAAAACAUUUAGGAGGAAAUAGAAGGACAAUUUUUAUGGAUGCACAUAAUUCGCUAUUCGAAGUGAUGUGUUCUCAUUGCCACAAAUGCAUAGCAGGAACUUCUAAAAAUGUGAACUCAAAGAUUUUUCCCAUUGGAAAGAAUUUAAAGAAUAUUCGCAAAUUAAUGUCCAGCGAAAUGACGUACACCAAGAAAGCUUGUAACAGUAGUGAGGAAACGAAAAAUCUGCUCGACGUGAAGGGAUAUAUACAUUCAGAACGUGUACAGAACAAGCAGAAGAAAAUCAAACAGAAGGUUUUGCGCGUGAGAAACUACAAUUCGUCAGAGCAUGAGCACGAACAUGAAGUAAUAUUAAACAAUGUAAUCACAGGCAUUGUUGUGUACCACGAAACGGUUAGCAAUGAUGUGCCUGUAGACAAAAAAAUGAUUUUGCAAAAUUUGAGUGGUUUUAAAAUAAAGAAGGAAUACACACACGAAAAUGACUAUUGGGCCUUGUGCACACAGCAGUAUAAAAAUUCUGCUCAUUACACAUUGCCGUUAAGAAAUGUGAAUAAGUCGGUCAAGCAUACAAACAGAAAUAUUUUCCAAAGCGACGAUGACGAAUCGAAUUCAUGUUACUGGUCUAUCACUGGGAACCCCGUUUAUAACAUUUACGGUAAUGCCAAAGCGAUAUCAGAUGUGCAGCUAGAAAUAUGCGUUAACAAAAAUUAUGAUGCUUCUGUGAGGUCCUUCCUCAAAAAGAACAAUUUCGAAUUGGAACUUUCUAUCAACAACGAUGUGAAUGACGUCAUAAAUAUCUGGACGAAGAAGAAGGCAAUUAUUAUAAACAAGGAGUUAAUAGAGUGUUCAGAUCCGUGUACCGCCAGCCUUAUGGGCAAUUCAUCACGAAAGGAAAAAUCAGUAGAUAAUGAAAACGAGUUGGUAAGAAAUGAACCCCAAAAAGUCUCUAACGAGGAAAACGAGAUAAUCAACCCAGUAAGGAGAAGAAGCCGAUUUGAAAAUUACAUAAAUCGGAAUUAUGAGGAUGCAUCAGAACACAUUUUUUGCCAGUGCAGGAAAUUUUCCACCGAUUAUGACGUCCUUAAUAACAAUAAUGACACCUCGUACAAAAGUGCCCACUCUGAAAAUUGCAAAAUGGGCAUAAACAUGAGUAGGUAUGAUGAGAACGAGAACUUGAAUUAUAAGAAACUAAUAUUGAUAAGCUGGAAUUUGAUAAAAACGAUCUUGUGGGGCAUCUUAGUGUCUGGUGAAAAUGCCCACGGAGAGAACUCAGAUCAAGUCGUCUCAGAGAGUAGAACAAAAUGUGUAAAGAAUAAUCCAACUAGUAACAUUCCGAAGGACAUAAAUGAGGACUACGCCUAUGGGCAUAACUGCACUGAUUAUAAAUCUCAGUUUUAUUCGCUUCAAAGGAAGAGCCUCAUAGAAUCCGUUCUAAAAAUGAUAAUGUCUGUUUUGAUAAAGCUGUGCAACAUUGUGGAGCUGUACAAUGACUUGACAAAAAAUCAACAAGGCUCCUUCUACAUCAAUAUUAAUAACACAAAAAUAUGUAAGGAACAAGUGAAGGAUUGUGAAAAAAUGAUCACUGAUUUUAUGUACUGCUUGAUAAAUUGUGUUCAGAAUUCUCCAACGGGGGCGGUGACUCUGCUAAAGUGCUUUCUCUUUGGCCAAGAUAAUCCCACCUACCGUUUUAAGAAACUGAAUAAGCUCAACAUAAAUUGCACUUUUUACAAAUUGAUCACGGAAUGUAUUAAGAAAGCUCCUAAUAACGCAGACGACAUCACCGUUUUUUUCAACAACUACUUUGAUAGGAAGAUUGUAAAAAUGUAUGGAAUAGAUCAGGAAAGUAAUUCGAUGAACCAAGUUAGAAAGAUCAAAACUACGACCGUUGCCCCAGUGAGAGGGGGCGCCACGAAUACGGCCUACAACCACGUGGCUGCGUUACCGAAGGAAGAUCUCAACAAUGGAAGCUACAUGAGGCAUAAGGGAAAGAACAUGAAAAUGUCUAAUUUUUUCUUUAAAAAUUAUGACACGAAUGUGAUGAGAAAUUAUAAACAGAGUAAGAUACAUGGGUUCUUUCUGCUGAGGUGUUUGCCCCCCAUUAAGAUGUUCCCCCAGCAGUUGAUCUUACAGGAAACGAAAAAGUUGCUUCAUAGCGAGGUGAGCUUAUCCCACGAGAGCAGUACCGAAUCGACGCCUAAACAAUAUGAUGACACAAAAGGAGUCAAUAGUGCAAAUGAAACGUGCCAAAAUGAUGAGUUGCCAGUAAAUACAAGUUCGAAGGAGAACAUUUCUGUCAAUUACCAGAUGGACAUAAAUACGGCAAAUAAUGAAGGAAACUCCCAAUGUAACAGCAUUAAUGAUAUAUUAGGAUUGAUACCGAGGGUAUCGUACCGGAAUCAUCCCUUUGAUGAAUUGCCCCAAUCUGAGUUUUUCAUGUCGAGUAGACCAUCAGACGAUUUUGAAGCCAACAUGGAAGGAAGAAUUCUGAGAGUGUUGCGUGGAUUAAAUUUAGGAGGUGUCGUUUUAUGCCUAGCACCACUGACAUUCCCUGCUUUGAAUAUUGGUCCGAACGAAGUAAACGAUAUAAUCAAUUUUCGUAUUCAGACGAGAGGCCGAUUCGGCGUGACCGUUGCCCCAGCAGAAUGCGUUUUGUCGAACGUUUCCGAAGUAUUUGACAGAAAUGACGUAGUGGGAUUUCGCACAAGUAUGUGUCCUCCAUUUAGACACGACGUGUUUGCCGCCAAUGUGCAGUAUGAGCUAGGCGAUUUAUUGAGCGUAAAAUUUAAUGUAGAAGACCAGCAGAAUCAGAAAUGCUUAAGAACAGAACUAAUGGUCUCAGGGGUCAGCAUCGGAUCCGUUCUUGAAGUGCUAUUCGAAGCAGAUUCGCAAAUCGAAUUCGAAAGGAGAAUGAACUUAAUAUUUAUUUUUCAAGAUCCCAUGACGAUUGUGUAUGAGGGUCCAACCUUCAGCACGGAGUACGUAGAUCCCAACAAUAAGAAGUCCAGGAAUGGCCGAAAUGAAAGGGAAAAUUUGGACGAAGAGUACCUGAACGAAUUUUAUGCCAUUGCUGGGCAUAACAAGAAGAACAUAAAAAAGCAGUUAAAAAAGCUAAAACUCAAGAAGAAAGAGUUCUACGAAUCGGUGAAACUUUAUCAGUCCAUUCUCGAUUCGGACAAUGAAAUAUUGAAGGACUUGAAGCAUGAAGUUAUAAUAAGAAUGAACACAACAUUGACUAGUGUAGCAGAUCAUUUGAGGAAGAAUUCAUCAGUUUAUUUAUGUAUGGAUCGAGUGGAGGAGAACCUCUCACGGGUUAGAAAUUUGAGAAACAUUCCCCAUUUUAGGAAGGCGAAGAGCCCUAAAUUGACACUUCUAAACACUCAAUCGUGUGAGGCACUGAGAAAUAAGGGUCCUGCUAAGCUCGGUAAGGAGAGACCCCUCCUGGAUAAGAGGACGAACAAAUAUGUGUAUAAAAAAACGCACACUUCCGUAUUCAGCAGAACGGGAGGAGAGGAAUAUGUAGCGCUAGAAGGUACUUCUCGACGGAGUGAUGUGAAGGAGGAAUUCACCUUUUCCGAUCAGAACACUUAUAACAUAAUUAAUUUUAGUGAAAAAAAUGCCACCGACCCAGACCACGCAAAUAGCGAUGUGAAAUCCAAAGAAUUUCGGAGCCGUCCCUCAGAGAGCGACAAAGUAGUGCAACAGAGGAGUGACCAGGAGUAUGGCAUGAAUCAAAAUUCGUCUCUAUAUGUAAAUGUGUACAAUAAAAAGGCAAAAGCAGGGUUAGAUAUAAACAAAUGCAUCAGAGAAGUUUUGUCCAUCAUAUGCGUUUUGGGAUUAAAUGUAAACCCAGAAGAGAAAGAAAAAUUUGAAGAUAAAAAUCAGGAUGGGAAGAAUGCCUCCAUUGAUGAACUUCCCUGGUUGUCAAGCUUAUCCGAGUUGAAAAAUUCAGUAGCGUACAGUUUGGACAGAAAAUGCGUCGAGCUGUUUUUCUGCAAUUUGGUAGACAUCAUCUGCAGUGAUCUUUUCCUCCACGCCAUUUUUAAUUUUGUUACGAAGAAAUUGCAAAACAAGGAGGCGAUCAGCAAGGGGAAGCACAGGACAAAUGGGGUCAAAAACAACAAAAAGGUUAAGAAGAGGUUUAAAAAUUUAAGCGAAUUUGAGUCGAAGAAAGUUCUAGAAACAGCGGCAGAUUCGUACGACCAGAAUACAGGGAACAAUGAGAACAGCAUCAACAACACAAAUACGUUAAAUGAGAUCAACAUAGACAAUUGUGUCUGUAUGGACAAUAGUGUAACAUCAGGAAAUGCUAACAGCAAUAAUGAGAACUCUUUAAGGAAUUCAAUUUUUAUCGAAGAAAAUGAAUCGUUACAAGAAUAUGAAGAAGAAAGUCAGUUAGGUAAUGACAAUCAGGAAAUCUUUAUCAGGAAGGACAAGCUGGUACACGCGAGCUUAGACAAGAAGGGUUCAGACUUUAAAAAUAUUUUCUUUUCAGAUAAGGUUAGCAGAAAUGGCUUCAUCGAAUAUAGCCUGUGCUUGAUUGGAACCAAGGCAAUUAUGUGUUGCUGCAUUUUGUUGCGAACUCUGCUGGAGAUGAAUCCCGAUGGGUUCUAUGAACCCAAUGAGAAUGUGUAUGGGUCUUUUAAGAAGCUUCUAAGCUUUAUUAAGGUAUUUUUCUUUGUGGAUAUUGGCAUAAGUGAUGCGCUUAUGCUGCAUUUUGCUAGGAGGAACACUGUGAACAUUGAUCACCUCUUUGGCAGCGGUAAGAGGGAGGUCUCUUCUCAAACGGGAGGUCCUAACCAUGGUGACGCAGAAAAGACCACUUCUGAACCAGCCGUUGUGAUCGCCUCCUCCUUCGUCGAAAGCUUCCAAAACAAAGCAGAGAGUGGAAACUGCAGAUUAUACUCCGACGAUGCGAAAGACGCCUAUUUUGCGCCCCCCUAUGCCCCCGAAGGAAAGAGCAGCAUUGAAAAGGAGGGAACCAAAGACGAACAAGUGAACUUGUUAGAAAUUCUAACGAUUUGCGGAAUUCCAUCGGACUUUUUCCAAUACUUUAAUAUAAAAACUCCAGUAAUUAACAACCAGCAGGUGAUAACCCAGAAUGACACAUUCGAUUUGUGGAUCUACAUCUUGAACCUUCUAGUGUGUUUCAACAGCCAAAGUAGGUAUUCCUUAUGUUUCCCCCAGAAUGUUUAUCAGCCAAAUAAUGGCUGCGUGAAGAGUACCCUUUUCGAUUUUGAGUAUUCCAAUUCGAGUUUUUCAAACAAGAUAAUACGAAAAACGGCGAAGUUUUUUGCAGGGUGGUUGUUAAAAAAGUAUCUAAUCGAUUUAAGCUGUGUUAUGGCAUCCUUACUGCCAAAAUUGUUUAUGGACGAGCUGAGAGAAAGCUUGGUAAGAAUAAACCAAGGUGCCAAGAUUGGAGAACGUGUAGGGACCCUCAAUAUCGACAGCGGCUUCUUGGAUGUAACUACAAGGGGGUCCAUUCCGUGCAAUAAUAAUACCAUUAGGAAAGCGACAAAUCUCAAAAGGAGGAAUAAGAAAAAUGAAAUAUUUUCGAAAGAAAGUGGGGAAAACAAAACCAACAUGACGUUCAACAACGCAUCAAAUGGCAGAGUGUACGAUUCGUUUGGUGAUAAAAUGGACGGAGAAGAUAGCCAGCAUGACUUUGGUUACGACGCUGCUGAUGGAAAUAAGAAUGCCGCUCUGUGGACGGAUGACGAUGGCGACUAUACGCAGGAUGAUAGAGACGAGAGUUUAAACAUCAGAACGGUGCACCACAACAGUGCCAGAAGAAGAGGACGAAGCAGUAGAAGAAGGAACAACAAAAUAAAGAACAUAUCUGAGCUGAUGAGCGGCACCUUGAAGAAUAAGGAGGAGAUGCUAAACAUAUUUAGCGUCAUGUACCUCUUCCGCAUAUGCAUUUAUUACCUAAGUAGAAGCAAAGACUUUAGGAAAGAGGAUUAUUGGCAAGAAUACCAAGAGCAGAUUAGAAACUCGAAGAUGAAACAAAAUGUCUAUAAACUGCUUAAUGAGAAAAGUUGCAAAAGUUCCCUUCUCUUCGGAUGGCAAAGGAUAUUCUACCAGUGUGUAAUUACUUGGGAUGAUAAACAGUUAGUAGAUCAGCUGCUGCUUAUAAUUCAGUCCGAAUUGCUAUACCAUUUAGUAGGUUCUAUUGCUCAGAGUGUGUCUCAAAAGAGAGUGAAAGUGGACAUGUUCUAUGCCAUUUCUCCGUCCGUUCACGUUGCGCACUGGAUGUUAGAUACAUUUGUUAGACAUCCGCUAUGUCCAUCGAGAGUAAGAUCUUCCUGUGUUACUCCCUUGGCAGUUACCUCCCUCUUUGGGUUAAUUAUGAAUGGAAAUAGACUGCCCAUCUUUAUUGGCAUAGAUGCAUGCAGACUGGUGUACUGGUCUUGUGUAGUGUAUAUAUUACAAAAUAGUCGGAGCCACAAAAAGUAUAAGAAAUUACGGGACAUUGAUAUGGUAAGGCAGUUUAGCGUUGAAGUCGAGACGAUGGCCGACGAUUACGAGUUGAAAGGGAAGGACUAUACGAACUCCUUCGAAAGGAAAAAUGAAAGACAAAGCACUAUGCGGGAGAAGUACCAACGAGUGAAGUGCAAUUACAACGCAUUUUUGUGUUACCUUUUUAACUGUGUGCACAUUUGUGGGUCUUCCCUUUUUAACCAAAUGUUGAACCUGAAUAGGGAAAACAAUUACAAAAGCGGAAACGGGAAUAAAAACAAAGCCAUGGACAUCAGCAACAACAAUGUUAGAAAUAAUAACGAGCACGUCAACAACAUUAUAGACAAUCUAAACAGCAACAUUAAUGAUAUCCUCACUUGCAUACAGAACUCCGCGAACAACAGGAUGAUAAAUAAUAACUUCAACGGAAUCAGCAGUGUUAGCAAUGAAACUAUCUACAAUUUGAAUAUAGCCAACAGGGUUAGUCCGAACAUUUCGUCGAAUAAUGUGAAUAAUAACAGCCUGCAGGAAAACACCGAAACGGUGAACUCGUGUAAUAAUGCCAACACUCCCACAACUGCCAACACACUGUAUAUAAAUACCACUGCUGCUAGUACAAAGAACGAGAACAAGUCAACUCAGAAUUUUGCCAAUUUUGAUCUGUUCGAGAAUAAGGAGAAAAGCACGUACAGCCCUCUCAAGAUUAACGCAGCGUUGCUUAUACACUACUUCGCUUCUGCUGCGUACUACAUUAAGAAAGUCGAUAUGUGUAACAACAUGAAUUACUACGAUGAGAAUGUGCAUACCAAUUUUAAGCAGUACUGCCUUUACCUAUAUGUGGUCGAUCACGUGUCUAAGAUGUAUGCUAAGAACGUGAGACGAAGCGGCAAACAAAGAGGACUUCCCAAGGUGGAUCAAUCGAACCUUGGAGCAGCGUCUUCCCAUCCGGAUGGCUUGAAAAAAAACCCAAAUGAAAGUUCCCAAAAUUUGUACGAUUUUGCCAUCAAAGAGGGGGCCAAAAAUUGUUCCCUGCACAAUAAGGAGGGAGAAGAACAAAAAGCGCCUAGCACAUCUAACGGAGACAAAAACAAGCACCUAUUCUUUGCUGAGAAUAACAAAAUUAUGAAUGCUGUGGAGAGAAGAAGGGACAUUCUGGAUGACCCCUACGAGGGAAACUACCCAGAAAUGUUCGUCGACAAUGUGCUGCAGUUGAGUAAGAAAGUUUCCGCAAAUGUCAUAAUUGAUAUUAAUGAAAAAAUACACCACGUAUGUUGUCCCAACGCAGAUAUGGUUAAGCUGAAAAUAAAGGAUAUAUUCCCCAUACCUAAGGAGAAAACGGAGCGCUUCCCACCCGGGGGGAGGGUAUACCCGAGCGGACACCAUGACAGUUCGCAAAAACAGGCCACUACUACAAGCGACAAUCACAAUGUAGAUCGAAUCCUGCAUUUACUGCAAAGGGAAAAGGAAGAACUUCGGCAUGUCACCAGAAAGGUGAUUGAAUAUCCUUCGAUAGUGCUCAGCGCGGACAACGAUUUUCACUACGUUCUACAGGAAAUUAAGCAUAACAAGGUUCAAGAAUUUCUGUUCCUCGAAUCGAAAUUGUUAAGUGGGGAUUUAGACCUGGACCGUGUUGGAAAGGUCAAUUUGGGUUCCCAUAUCGAACUAGUUGAUUUGUGUACCUUGUCACAGGCUUUCAUCUUAAUGGGAGAUUCCGAAAUAUACUCAGGUUCACACAACUCUUCUUUUAGCAUUUCCUUUGCUGUAUCCAAUAAACAGAAAGGCGCAGUGCACCCAUUUAGGGAUUUGGUACACAUCGAAGUGGGGUUACUAAAUGUGAGUGUCAAUUACGAUUCUGAACAAAACGACGCGCUGCACCCCCUGGAUGAACAGAACAUGAACGAAUUGAAAAGAUAUCGAAACUGCAAGAUGUCAGUCAAUAGAGAAUUUUACAAAAACAGCAACAUUGCUAAUUCGCACAAACUUACCGACAAUAUGCUCAUUAGCUAUAACAAUUACGCACAACACGAUGUGGAGGCAGAAAAAAUGUUAAAAUAUGCUUCCUUCUUACCAAAAAGUGUGGAGAAAAAGGUGUACGCGAAACGGGCAAAUCCAAAUGAGUACAGUUGUGCUCUUGGAGCAGAUUCGCGCCAUCCAAAGGAGACUAAACAGAUUAGGAAGAAUCAUUUGAGCUACUCCGCAAUGAACAAGAGAGGUAGUGGCAGUAAGAGGUUUUCCAUAAACACUUAUGAAAAGGAAGAUGAAAGUGGAAAUGGCAAUGGCAAUGGAAGUGGCAAUUAUGACAAGUAUCUCAUGUCCGAUGCAUACAACGACGUUUCCUACUCGAAGACGCUAUCCGACACGAGCGUCAUGAAUUCGAAUGAUGUAUACAACAGAGUGAACAGUUCUAUUACGCUGAAUAUUGCGGACGAGACGGUGACGACCAUGGGUUUAUUUUUCGACAGCAAUGUAGAAAAUGCCAAACCGCUAAUGAUAAAUAAACUAUCUUUCGCCGAAAACGUUACCCUAAAAGUGAAGGUCAUUGGGAAGCAGGUUCUAUGGUUCUCGAAUGACACUCUGGUUUUUCGAAAAGAGUUCAGCGCGCAGAUGACGAAUUUUGUACCACUCAUCAAGGUAACACCCAUCAAGGGAACACCCAUCGUGCCACAUAACAAGUUAGACCAAUUUCAGGAUAGUAAUUUUCGACGCUGUUCAAUUCACAUGAAAUUUAUCGACACGAAUGAAAACAUAUUCGCAUCGCCGCUGACGAACUUUUACUUUAAAUUCCAAAAUGUACACAAAAUGAAAUAUAGGAAUAAUUGCACGACAAAUAUAAACAAGAAUUGGAAAAGAAGCCUGUGGAAGCGCACGUGUUUCGUCGUCCCAGAUGCCGCCUCGGCAAGUAGAUCCUCAGCCGAAGGCGUGACGAAGAGCAAAAUGCCCCUCAUAAUAGCCCAACCGGAUAAUGAAAUAUUUAUACAUUAUUAUAAUAAUUCCAGGUCUAAUCACUUAUUCACCGGUGACCCGUUUUCCAACACGUUAUUUUUAACUCCCAAUAUGCAAGUACAGAGCGAACCGCUAAACUUUGCAAAUGUUAUGCACUGUAAAAGUGUGCAGGGGGACAAAUGGAAUUUUCUAACCCUAGAAAAUGUCAGAACUGUAAGAAACGUACCAGUCAUAAAUUACUACGGCGUUGCCAAUUCGUAUAAGCAAUCAGAAAUGAACAGAAUUGACUUAGAUGCAGUGAACCAUUGCGAGAAGAAAAAUGCCAAGGCUAUUGGGAGCAUCCAAAAUAUAACCAACAUACAGAAAACGUACGCGACGAUUCUCGAAACGAACACAAAGAAAGACAUGGAGAAGGAAAGCCCUAACAUAAUCAUGAAGGGGGAGCUGAACCUGCACAGCAAUUUCAACAGACUGUGCAAGAAUGAAGAUAUAGGAAUGAAUGCGAAGAGCAAUUUCGACAUUGCACAUAACUAUACCAAGACAUGUAAGAGUAGGAGCAAUGAAAGGAAGAAGAAAACUUUAAAUGCAAACGUGGGACUGAAGGCGAACUACUACGAUGUAAAUAAUGUGAAUAGAACUCAUUACACUUCUUACUACCACGAAUUGAUCCCAGGAAAUAAUAGCCGCAAUUUUAUGCACAGCAACUACAUCAAUGAUUACUUCACCACGAGUAAUGACGCCAAUUUGCACAUCAAAUAUAGGCUUCACAAUUUCCACAAGAUAAAAAAAGACUACUCGUAUAAUCUAAAGUACAGCUCUAUACAAGAAAUUAACGACACUGCCACACACGGGAAGGCCAAGUACCUCUUCGAUGAAAAAAAACAGAGCCUAAACGACUCCCACAGGAGGAAGAAAUAUAUCAAUAGUAACAAAAUAUUUUGCAAGGAAGAUCCUGUGCAUGAUAACAGCUAUUCAUUUAUAAGUAAUAUGCAAGACCCAUGUGGCAGCCUCAAUGAGGACAAAGGGAUGACCAAUAUGUACGCCCCCAAGCAGGACAAGAACAACGAUCUGAGCAAGGUCGAGGAUGACUAUAAUUAUAUAGAGCAGGGAGAUGAAUCGAGCAACUGUUCUAUGUAUUACAUAGGGUGCAAGGAGUUCAAAUUAUGUGUCGAUUCGUACGAAGCACUGUUCCCUGCAAAACAUUUUAUUUUCAACUGCACCGUGAAAUUUGAAGAAUGUGGGAAGAGUCAAAGUGCCAAUGAGGUGAAAAACUCGGUGGGCAUUUUAUGGGGAGGGUACCGUUGGUUAUGGACUAGCAAUGGGAAAUUCAUAUGCCCACUGAAAUUACCCCUCUGUGUGUCGGAAUUUCCACCAGAAAAAAUUGAAGAGUGUGAAAUUGAAGUAGCUAAUUUUAAGUCGAACGAUACUUUGUGUGUGGAAUUUGAGCCGCACCUCCAAAGCCUCUUCUUUUACAAAAAUGGAAAAUAUCAAUUUGGGUUUAAAUUUGACACCUUCUAUAAUUAUAGAAACGCUGGGGGAAAUUGGGCAUAUGGAAGCAGUAAGGAAGCCCAAAUGGAAGCUGCCCCAAAUUUGUCCAAGUAUUCCUACUCGAGCAGCCUCAGCAACGGUAAUGUAAACAAUUUCGGUGCUACCAAAAAUGACGAUGUCAACAAGUAUCGAAGUAGUACUAAUGAGAAGGGAUCGCUGCCAAAAGAUACGCACACGAUUCAGAAACAGCAUGACAUGAAAGAUUAUGGUAACCAAGUGGACACGACGCAGGGGUACGUGGACAGUCCGUUCAACCCUUGCCAUAACACCAAGGCUAGUAACCUCUGCGCACACUCCAUCUCCAACGAGCGUAAGUGCAGCAAAAGAGUUAGUGGCACAAAUAAUAUGAAGAGUAAGGAGAAAAAAAUGAAUAAGGAAACAAGGAGCAGUAAUGGGAAUCACCACGAGGAUGUUACGGAAGAUAGCGAAAAUAAAACGGUGAUGCGGAUAAAGAAUCACGUCAAUAUGAUCAAAUUAUACAACUCGCUACUGCUAAAUGAUUGUGAUAAUGUAUCUUCCAUUCUUACGUAUAACCCAGACCUGCUAGCAAAAUCGGAUGAAAGCAAGGAGGAAGUAUCCUUUGAGCAUUACGAAAUAAAUCAAGAAGAUUUUCCAUGCGAACUUGUAUCGUCUAUGAAGAAUAUUAUUUACGAGAAGGAUUUAACCCCGCUCAUGUUGGCGUGCAGAAUUGGAUGUGAAGAAUGUGUGCAGAAAAUAAUAGAAAUAGGAAAAGUCAACCCUAAUAAAGCCUGUCACAAAGUGGAGAAGGAAACCCCCCUAAUGGUUGCUGCACAGUAUGGGUACAGUCGACUCGUGAGCAUGUUAGUCUGUGUAUAUGGUGUGCAGAUAAAUAAAAAAGAUGCCAAAGGGAACACAGCGUUGCAUAAGGUGUUACUUAACCCAUGCCCAGAUGAUGGGAAGAAAGACUGCACCUCGAAGAUGGUGCAGCUGCUACUCAAAUUAGGGGCCGACAUGAGUUUGGUGAACAAGAAAGGGAUAUCUGUGGAAGACUUGGUGCAAAAAAAUUUAAUUAAAAAUAGGAAAGUAGAAGCUAUUUUAAAAAUGUGGAUAAAGUUAUCGCUAAAGAGUAACAACAAGGACAAGAGGAGUUAUAUCAACAAGGACAUCAUCCCCGGUUUGCUUUCCAACUGUUCCAUAGUCAUGGGCUUUCCCAUAUGCUUAAAUAACUCUAGUAAUAGCCACUCCUCCGUAAAGAUAAACUCUUUCCUCAUUGGGGGCGAAGAGUUAGUUACUGCUAGAAGUUACAAACAGGUUGGCACCUGCGACGAUGAGGUGGACUACGGCCGUUACAACCAGAACAAUAAUGAAUGGAAAGGCAGAAAGACAGACGAGGAAUACUACAGCUGUGAUAACUCCUCUAGAAACCUGUCCCUAUCGAACUUUUGCAAUGUGGAGGGUCAAACGGAUGCGAAGGGUGAGAAGCAUGAGAGGGUCGAGAAGGAUGAUAAGGGUGAGGACGGCCAGAAGCGUCAGAAGGGGCAAAAACGUGAGAAGGGCCAGCAGCCUGAGAAGGGUGAGAAGCAACGCCUGUCCAAGGGAAACCACUUCCAAAAAGACGCAUCCGACAUGGAGAAAGUGAACACAACGACUGAUAAUUUCUUGGAGGAGCUAAAUUACGGCACACAGCUGAACAACUUUUCGGGAAUGAAACCAAUCGUCAGAUUAAACGACGCGGAGGGUGCACACUUUGAGGAACCAACAAACAGGUCGGACUCUGCAGACGACAAGAGGAAGAAGCCAAUCAGUUAUAAGGCUCACAUGAAAUCGUUAUAUCGGAGGCUUGAGAGGAAAGACAUCAGCGACAACGGCCACACGAACCAUUUCACCUCCAUGGGCGAAGACACGAUCUGCUCGCAGAAGGAGAACCUGAGCGAUAUAGUCAUGUGCGAAAACGAUGCCGAAAAUAAUGCUAAAAAUUUUGAGCAUAACGAAAACCGGAGUGAUAACAACCGCGGUGGUAGCCAGAACGAUGGUGAAAGCGUCGCCACACUAAGCAGAAACAAAUUGAUGCGCAAACCGGUGGGAGACAAGCAGAGCGGGAAUGGCCAGUACACAUCCGUGGAUGAAGGAAACAGCGAAGAGGAGCAAGAGAGUUAUAGCAGAGGUGGUCCAUACAGACUGUCAACGCGGGGCAAAUUGUGCAUCGACACAAAGGACAUACUGAACCAUUUGAUUGUCCAUUGUCGAGGUGAUAGUAAGUAUGACGAUACGGAUGUGGAGUCCUUGUUGAACGAAGAAGAGAAGCUAAUGAAAAAUCGCAUCCAACAGAAGGAGGGAAGAAGUAAGGAAGACCUUCACUAUGAAGAUCUUAAUGCCAAAAGAAGAAGUAUCAAAAAAAAAUGUUUUGUAUUUUCUAGCACGAGGAGAAAUAGGUUCAACUAUCAAGAUCUGCAAGGAAGUCUAAUCGAAUUUAUUAACAAGUCAGGUGUCUUCUCCGACAUAUUUAAAAAUAAUGGAUACCUGGAUGCUAAGAGUAUCACCAAGUUUGAUGAACUGAAAAAUACACUAAUGCAAAUUAAGACUGAGGAGGAUGUGUUCAGGGGGUUUAACAAUUUUCUGGAAUUAUUUGACUAUCUCUACAUGGACGAAAGAUUAAAAUAUUUCAUGAACAUCGACUUGAAGAAAAGUUUUAAAAGCUGCCACAGUAUGCUGGAUUUAGGAUACCUUCUUCUCGAAGUCGACAGCUUCGCUAACAUUUUUAACAGCUUCAAAUUGAAGUGGAAUGCCAGUAUGCAUGAUGAAUGGAAAAAGAAGCUACUAAAAGGCCUUGGAAUUUUCAACGAAUUCUAUGACAUAAAAUGGGUGACAGAUUCGUAUACAAUUUAUAGGUACGAAGAAGACAUGAUAGAAUCAGCUUCCCUCGUGGAUAAGGUUCUACAGAAUGGAAACAACUUGCUGUUCUAUAGUGGCCUCAUGAAUAUCAUCAAUGAGAAAAGGUCUUUCCUACGAAAUGGUAUGUACGAUGCGCAUUUGUUUAGCGAUGUUUUUAAAAAUAUCGAUGUGAAAAAUUUAAACAGAGAUGCUUUACUGUACGACUUUUGUUCGAACAAAAAUAUGCUGAAGGAGUAUCUCUUUCAGGAGAAUAACAAGAGGCUAAUCUGCAACAAUGACUCUAUCGACGUGACAAACAAGUAUAAGAAUUAUAUAAGCGAGUGUUUUGUAAAUGGACGCAGCAUGAAAGGGUACGAGGACCACUAUUCGGCGUACGAUCCCAUGGAGGAGGCCAAUGUUGUGACGAAGGAGAAGAAGUCCAGAAAGUACCACAUGUAUGAUAAGUCCUGCUACAGAGUCAUUUCCAAGCAGUACAUCCCCCUGUUCAAAAUUUCCAACGACAUGUAUAACAGCGUGGACGAUUCCAACAAGGGGGGUAACGCUUCGGAGUUCGCGCCCAGUGGCGCGGAAAAAGGUUCGGCAAGCACAAGCGCUAUCCCUACCACCGGGAGAGCCCACACACACAAUGAGAAGAACGAGAGGGAAGAAAUAACCCCAGAAGAUGCCCCGUGCAGCGGUGCGUCCAACAACUACCAAAGUGGCAGUAACAACAAAAAUGAAUUCAUGCACAUCGGUGAAGAGAUCAACGCGGAGCACAGCUUGACAAAACAGAGUUCGAUGCACUCUAUCAAUUUAGACAUCAAGGGAGAUAGUCAUCACGUGAGUAACAGCAAUGCAACGUGUAAUAGAGAGAAAAGCCAAUUCCUGUGUGGGAAUCAGCUAAGAGAUGCCCUCUUCAUGUUACAUCGAAAUUGCGAAGAGGAGAGUAAUCAUGGCAACUGUUUGAAGCAGCAUUAUCCAUAUGAGGCUUCAAAAACGUACAGCCAUAAAAACGGGAAAAAUACGAAUGACUUCAUCACCGAGGAGGAUCGAGAAAAUUCGAUGCACUGCCAGUUUAGUAGCAACAAAAAUGACAUGGAAAAAAAUUAUAUUGAUGAACAUAAUCACUUUAACAAAAUAAACAACAGAUAUGAUAAGAACAGAAAUCGUUCUAUGCUGAAUAGCGUUUCAAAGAAACACAACUGGGAGCCCUCCACUGCGUCUGACCAUUACGAUAAGAAGCAUUCUUUGGAUGGAAGUUUCCUUCGCGAUGGGGAUAACGAUCAUAAGGAUCAUAAUGAUGAUAACGAUGAUAACGACCAACUGGAUGAUGAAUAUGAGCUGAUGUGUGAGUUGCAAUUUAUGUCCAAGCCAUGCGACAAUGACAUGAUAAGAGAAGAAUGCAACAAAAUUUGGCCACACACACUUGACACUUAUGUGCUACAUAUAUACGACUUGAUAAGUAGCUACAUGGACUCUUCAGAAAAAAUAAGUUUAUUUGUAUACCACGCAUUCGAUAUGGAAAAAAUAAAAAAAAAACUCCCAGGUAAAACUUCCCAGUUGUGGAAAAGAAUAAACAUGUCCUUGGAUGACUUCAUUGAGGAAAUAAAGAAGGUUCAUAAUUUCACCAUGAGAAUUGUAUACCAAAGUAAUUACAAAAGAUAUGGAAUGUUUCCUCCGAACUUCAAAAAAUAUUUUGUUCUUUCCGAUGAAUGUCUAAGAUACAUAGCAAAAAAUAAAAUGGUUAUGACUGUGGAUUAUUACAAAAGCAACGUGUAUGAAAAGAAUAAGCAUCUGUUUUUGAAAAUUAUUCAGGACCGUAUCACUUUGUUGAAUAAGUUUAAUACGUACUUUGAGAGUUGCCUGCCGAUUACUGCUGUAUUAUUUAACAAGCCGGUUAUUCAUCUGGAGGAGCACGGAUUACGCACCUUGGAGUGUCCUUUGUGUUUCUUCUCGGACGGGGAUACGUUUCUACCGUGGAGCACCAUGAAGGUGAAAAAUGGAGACACGCGCGGGGGAAGCGCCUGCUUAAUGUCGCAUGUGAGACCCGACACGGACUGCAGCGAGGGUAGGAACGCCUCUGAGGGGAUUGACCGUGUCGGAAGUGGUAGUGUGAGAAGCGGCAAUGUCAGAAGCGGCAAUGUGAGAAGUGGAAAUGUAAGAUGUGCCAACCCGUGUGCGAGAUCGCGCAGGAGAAAGGAUGCGUAUGAACAUCCCGCCGGACUGAACCACCAGGAUGACCCUAAAGAGGAAAUCACCAACGCAGUGCCACAAGUGGAACAAGAUGGAAAAAACAAAUGGAACAAUUUGGGCAUUGAGGAAUGCGAAAAGAACGAUCAUAACAGGUAUGCGGCUGAAAAAAAUAAUUCCAUUGUAGACGAAGGAGGAUUGAUGUACGAAAAUGGCCCCUCACAGAGAAAAGGACAGUGCAGAAACAUUAGCAUGGACAACGAUUUUAUUAGAGCCAAUUCGGAAAAUGUGGAGAAGGGAAAUCCAAAUGGAAACUUGUGUACUUGUGAGGAGAGCGAAAAGGGAACCCAUGAGGACUCAUUGGCAGACUGCAUAAGACACUGUAAAAAUGGUUACCAUUCCAGUAAAAUGGUUUUAGCGAUGGGCUCUUCGGAUCUCCCCGUACAACUGUCCUCUUACCUGUUUGUUAAGAAGUUGCUUAAACAUGACACUUCCCUAAAAUUGUGGAAGGAGUGUCUGAAAAAUAUCACCUCCUCCACCUCAGAGAAAUCCAAUUUAACGCUCAGAAUAGACAGAGGCAUGGCUGCGACGGCGAAAAAUAUUGCCCACACGAUGUGGUACCAGAGCACAUACUCUCUGUUAAACAUAGACACACAUAAAUUAAGAGGAAAGCCAAGGGAUAGACCUUUCAUGGUGGUAUUUAUAGGAGAAGGAGCAACCGAUUUUGGAGGUCCCUUUCAUGAAUUUCUUUCUUCCAUUUCGAGAGAAGUUAUGGGCAAAUUGUCAGACUCCCCUGAUAAAAGCUUACCCAUAUUUCCUCUGUGCAUUCCGUGCCCUAACUACACCCAAGCAAUGGGAGGACGCCAAGAUACCGUUAUCAUUAAUCCUAAAAUUAACUCGUACAAUGUCAAAGAAUCCGAUUAUGUUGGCGAAAUAGAAAUGAUUGAUAAUUUGGAAAGCUUUAGGUGGCAGAUACUUCACAUAUACAAUUCGAUACGAAAUAUGAAGAAGACAUUACACAAGUCGCAGAACAGUAUGUAUCAAGGGGGUUACAAAUCCAAGGAAGGAAAUGCUUCGUUCGAUGAUGAGGAAGGUCAGAAUGGGGAAUAUCAAAAUGGGGAAGAUCAGCACCUAUAUGAUGACGACUGCUCGGGAGGUAAGAAAGACUCUAGAGAAAAGUUUACGGAUAAAGAUAGAGGCAAUCACAGCCAUAAGAAUACGAGUACCCAAAGUUGUAGCAUAAAUGCAAGUGGGACAUUGGAAACGGGCGCUCCAUCACACAGAGCGGGAAAUGAAAACGGGAAUAGCAAUGUUGACAAUUACGAUUGUAUGGGGUGUGCAGGAAGGCAUGAUGCGGAGGAUGCUAGCAGCAGUGGAAGUGGCAAUCCAGAGGGCAAACAGGACAACCCAGGUGAGGAACUACCCAGAGAUAUGCUUCCCUCACAUGGAGGAGACAAGCUAGCCAAUGGGGCCUCGAGAAAUAAUGACAAAAUGUACCUCUUUGGCAGCAAGAAAUCUGUUACAUUCGAAAAAAUAGAGCAAGGCAAUAAGAUGGACUUCCAUGUGGAUAAUAAAUAUGACCCAAGUGGCUCAUACGAAAGUUGUGGCUACGACAGCGACGUCCUCGAAAUUGUGAACAACAUAUCGCUCAAAACGAGACAUGAUUUUCUGAACAAAAUAUUAAAGAAGAAAAAAUACGAAACGGAUGAAAAAAUCAUACAUAGCGAAAUGGACGAGAAGAAUAGCCACUCUGAUAGUUUCAAAAAGAAUAGCAAAAAUGGCAAAAAAUAUAAUGAUUUGAAGAAAAACCAUAUGAACAUAGAGUAUGAUGAGAAAACCACAAGAGCAAUGGAAUUAGCCAUGUAUGAAUCCCUAGGUCGAGUUAUGGGGAUGUGCAUAUGCAUAGCGUCGGCUCUGAACAUAUGUUUCAAUCCCAUAAUUUGGAAGAAGAUAUGUGGAGCUCCACUAGAACUGCAAGACUUGUGCGAUUACGAUUUUGUCGCUGUGGAAAUGCUCAAAACGUUGAAAAUGGUAAACUGCGAAAGGUCCAGUGGAUGGAACAUUGAAUUAAAACAAUCCCUAGGAGAUAUCACCUUCAUAACGGAAGACUCCGGAGGAAAUUCCAUUGAGUUGAUAAGAAAUGGAGCCAACAUACCAAUCAAUUUUGACAACUUGGAAUUGUUUAUCCGGUUAAUGACUCGAUGCAAAAUGAAUGAAUCAUCCAAAGGGUUGAGAUAUCUGCUCAAGGGAUUUAGCUCCGUAAUUCCUCUGGGGCGACUAAGGUUGCUAUACGAGUUUACAAAUGUGGAGCAAAUGGUUUGUGGUGAAAGAGAAAUAAACCUCGAUGUCUUAAAAGCGCAUACUUGGUCGAAUGAUUUGAAAAUAAAGGACAAACUGUUUGCAGUACUGGAAGAAUUCACGAAUGAGCAGUUACAAUCAUUCCUCCGAUUCGUUUCAGGGCGAUCAAGGCUGCCCACGACAAAGAAUGACUGGUAUAUGAUCAUAGAUGUUGACAACCCUAACCACAGUAUCAGCCAGACGGACCAAAGAUUACCCACCGCCGUUACGUGUGGCUUUCGCUUGUUAUUACCUCAGUACUCCAGCUUGGAAAUUAUGAAGGAGAGGCUCCUGUACGCGAUUAAGAACUGCACGGCGAUUGACUUGGACGCGUACGUGGUUCACGACCAGAUGCAGCUCAUGUACGGGGAGUGA